UUCAAACCUUGGUACAGAAACAAGAGGAGUGUCGCGUGCCUCGAGAUUCUCUCCCCUCACUACCAGAUCGUGUGGGAAGAGAUAUUCGUUUAUAAUAGGUAAGUGUAAGCUCAUUCGUCCGUUGCUUACUAACCUAUAAUUUCACCCAGUCAAACAAUCACGUUCUCCGUAAAGUUACCAGGUCUAAAACUAAAAGGUAGAGGAAAGUGAACGGAAGAAGCGUUUUCGUGGCACCACUGACAUCCGGUGACAUGUCGUGCGGGGAGAAAGCACGAAUUCCAGGAUAAUAACUGUGACGAAUAGUGGCUAAAUUGCCUACAGGCCUUUUAAUCGUCAGACAUGAGUUGUCCGCGCGUAUAAAAGUAACGGGAGUGCCUUAUUCUUGGCGCUGAUGGGCUAGAUAUCGGAAUGAAUCUUCAUUUCGGACCAGCUCACAUUUGAGCCAACGCCAGCGAUGGGUCAAGAAGCUUCAAAACCGCAGCCCGGAACCAAGCUGCGGGUUAUUGGAGCAGGCCUUCCCCGAACCGGCACCACAUCGUUCAGCAAAGCGCUUGAAAUCCUCCUGCAAGGCCCCGUGUAUCACGGAGGGACGCAGAAUUGUAAGGGAUCGAGCUCUAACUUGAGGAGUUGGAUAUCUGUAUUGGAACGCACGCCAAUACGCUCCCUUAAAGAUGAAGAAUUUAUUCUCAACCGCAUUUCCACGCUCACGGAUGGAUUCGUGGCCAUAACAAGUGCUCCGGGACACUGCUUCGUGCCCGAGCUCAUGCGACUGUACCCGGAAGCAAAGGUUAUCUGCACCAUCCGAGACCCGGAGGCAUGGGAUAAGUCGAUCGACGCGAUUGCCACGGCUAGCUUGCAGUGGUAUCUGCGAAUCCUCCUGUUUCCCUUAUUGCCUAUGGGGUACUUCCCUCGUUACCUGGAUACUCUUGCUGCUGGGAGAUGGGCGGAGAUAUAUCAUACAUCCGGUAAACCGACGAUGCAUGUCGGUAGACAGGUCUGGGAGCGACAUAUCCAACACCUAAAAGAAGUCGUACCGUCCGACAAGCUUGUGUUCUUUAACGUCAAAGAUGGGUGGGAACCUCUGUGCAAGGCGCUAGAUCUCGAUGUUCCCAAGGGUAUCGAGUUUCCUCGGGUUAAUGAAAGAGCCGCGAUUGAAGCUUUCGCCAAAGAACAAGUAGUGAAAGGACUGAUCAGAUGGUUUAUGAUCCUAGUGGCGAUCGUUGGAGUUUGGCAGUUCUGGCUCAGGUUGUAAGUUAUCCCGUGGGUCCGUAAUGUCGGAGGUAAGGUCAAGAGCUUGUAAUCAGGAAACCAAGGAAAGCUAGGGUAUCGUCUUGAAACGAAUAAUUGGCAAAUGGAAUAUAGCUUGGACAGCGAGGUAUAAUGAAAGCAUGGCGCAGUUGGAGAAAUCUCGGAUACGGAGUUAUUUGGCAAUGAAUAUAGACCUCGUCCUUGGUACUAUACGGAUCAGCCCGAAGGUGUCCAAGCAUAAUCUUGGAUCUAUUUUAAAGCAAUACGCAUUGAUCUUUUCGUAGUUAACUGGAAAUAAUUAUGUAUCGAACUUGUUAACUUACAUACCUCGUCCUAAUAGGCUAAGUGGCUGUUACGUGAGGGAAUAUAAUUGACGAAACCUUGACAUACUGAGAUAGUAUUGGGUAUAGUUGAAGUCAAUGGUGAGUACGUCUAGUUCCUUUCACCCAUUGAACAUGAGCUCUUAAGAAAUACUAAAUUCGGCAUGGUCUGUCUUCAGGGUACAGCUUC